CGAGCUGAUGUUUCCAGCAGUGUGGGAGAGCCAGUGGUGGAGAGCAGGCGUGUGCCGCUACCUCGCCGGAGAUAGUGAUACGUCAGUGAAUGGUUUUAUGGAAAUUUAAAGUUAUCAGAUCGGGGCCUUGUGUUGCAAUGGUCAGUAUUGCAGGAUAUAUUGGGGAAUAGUGGCCCCCGAGGAGUGCAGGCGCGCGGUCCCUGUAAGAUGAGAGGCUGGCCACCGGUGUCGGCGCGGGCCCUGCCAGACGCCUCGCCAGGAAAACACGAGUUCUAGGGCGGUGCGGGGCCGUUACCACAGACUGUGCCAGGACCCGGGUGGUGGUGGUAACGCUGCAGCGGGACACGUCAGAGGGCGGAGGCAGGACGCUGAGGACGGCACGGAUAGCGGACACGAACUCAGCAGUUCCUUAGACGAGCAGCUCAGCUCGCCUAAGGACUCUCCGAGGCAGAUCCGCAAAUCAGGUGGGUUGAGGGCCACUGGCGGGCAUAGCACUCGUGGCUAUACCAGUCUGAGUGGCUCGGGCUCCCCCUCGUCACUCAAGAAGUCGCAGGGAUCAGCCAGGAGUAACGGCAGCGGCGGCGCCAUCAAGAAGCGAGUGAGGUUCUCGCAGAGUGUGAGUGUAGUGCGGCCGCCGACCUCACGCCUCACCACCCUCACCAAGCAGAGUCUGGGCGCCAUCGGGGCCCUGGCCAUCAGGGAGCGUUAUGGCGAGGGUAGCGAGUGCUUCUACGCCAGCUUCAGCCCCACGUCCCAUGCACUGAGGCGCCAGAGGCAAGGCGCCGCCGCAGGAGACUACAACCUUGUUCCCGCCAACCCGAGGGGCGCCGCGUGGGCGGCAGACACCGCCGUCGGCAGGAUCACCAGCAGCGUCUCCUGCACCAGCUUCUCCACCGGGGACGCGCCGGUCAGAGUGAAGAUGCUGUCGUACAUGUUACCAGUGGAGGAGAAGGUGAGCUUCAGCGAGGGCGACGCCUCCUCCUUCACCCCCCUCAGCGACGACCGCUCGCCGGUCUCCGAGACGAAGCCUCUUCUGGGCGACGACAAGUCCGACAAGCUGGCCUCCAUGGGUGACCCGGUGCACCUGGAGUCUCCCUCCACCGAGGAGGCCAAGCUCAUCAUGGAGGAGAAGGAGAAGGAGAAGCCUCAAGACCCGGACAUGGAGAUGGUAGAUCUGAAGGGAGCCGGAAGUGACGACAGGAGCCCGGCUGCCAGCGACGACAAGUCAGUCUUUAGCGAGACUCUGGCCUCGCCGGGCUCAGACGACCGCUCCAUCAUCAAGACUUCAGCCUCCGCUAAACCAAGUCUUAAAAGAGUGUCGUUUGGGUCGAGCAAGGGGUCGAUGGUGGAGACUCUGAUCUACGACUCCCCGGUGGCCGAGGAGGAGAGAAUACCUGAGGAGGACGACCCCCCCUUCAGAGAUCCUGUCUCCCAGAAGUUUGGUUCGGACAGUGGACGCGACAACCCCUUCCGACCUGAUGGUGACAUCUCUCGUGAGGCUGACGAGAUUGUACAGCUCAUCAAAUCCGGCCGGCCUCUUCAGGGACAACCAGGUCAACGGCCUGGUGACCUUACAGACUCCAUAGAUGGCAUUCCAUCAUCUCCAACUGACAAGGAUGCUGUUGCAGAGCCCCUUGUCUCCCAAAAAGAUGCCUCCCCUCAGCAACAACAGCAUUUGCCUCAGCAGCAACAUCACCAUCAUGAGCAGCAGCAGCCAACACCAGUAGCAGUGCCAUCAAAGCCAGUGACAGAUACCACACCAUCGUCUCCAGGAAAGGCAGGUGCUAAUGGAUCAGCAGCACCAGAGAACUCGACGCCAGGCACAGUUGAAGUUACACAUGCCACAGUUACCCCCACAGACGCUGCCCAUGUUGAACACGUUGUUAUUAAGAAGAAAAGCAAGUGUAACUGCUGCGUGAUCCAAUAGUGGGUGUGGGCAUGUUUACUUUGAGUCGGUGUGAAUAGGGUGAGGGCAUGAGGACUGAUCACCCUAGCAGUAAGACUAAGACACGCAAGGAGUAAUCCUGGGGCUAGAGGGGGUGCAAGUGCGAUGUUGCUUGACUUAACAUGUGCUUUGUCUUUUCUACUGUGUGCACAAUCCACCAUGACUCUUAUUAAAGUGUUCCAAAGACUGAAGAAAAUAUAUUUUAUGUAUCUUAAUAAUUUCAUAUAUAGUUUUUUGCUAGGUGAACAAAAUGGUUAUUUCUCUGCUUAAAUUACCUUCAUUUGAUCACUGAAACACACACUACAUUACUAGUUGGCCAGAUUAUAAUUUCUUUGCUCAUGCGAGUGCCUACACAACCAGCUGGCAUCAGAAACUCGUAUGUUGCAGGGGGCUCUUCAGGUACUCAUACUGAGCCAAGAGUCCCCAAAGUGUCUAGGGCCUCACCAGAUACUCAUUAAGUAUCUAGAGAACGACUAGGCAUUCACAUGGGACAUAGGGAUAACCUGACAAGUAGUCAGUGAGGUCCAUCAAGCACUCGUGUGGUGUAGUGCCUUGGCCUCUAGGCACUCAUCCAGUGUCUUGGGCAUGGCCGACAUUUCUUUAGUGUUUAAAACUGACAGUACACCUACUCAAGUGCCUCAGUUUCAGAAGAGACUCGCACAGUGUGUGUAAGCUGUUAAACACUGAAGCAUAGUCUUGGACUUGACAAGCACUUAUUAAGUGUCUGGAUGUAGUAUGAAGUGUGGUGGAAGAGGCUUCUCUAGGGAGCAAAUCCCUAGUUGAAGAAAUAAACUCCUUCUAUAGAAGGAUUGUAACUCUUUUAAUCUCUUCAAAUAAACUGAUCAAAUUUUUGUGAAUGUAAAUAUUCUUCAUUGCCGAAGUGGAUAAUCUAUAGUGUUAAAAAUGUAGAAGACUGUAUUGGGAAGGGUCAUUCUGCUUGAGGUUGUAGAAUUUUAUAAAUAAUGUCUGGAGAGACUAUAAGUUGGAUGCCGUAGGUUCCUAUAUGAUGAUGAGGUAUUAUCCUCAAUGUUGUAAGAUUUUUAUUAAAAGGUUGUACUACUUGAGUGUGCAAGAUUAUAUCUGGAGCUAUAAGGAGUGUGGUGUGGCUAAAGUGGUGGCAGUUGCGAGCAAGGUAGAUAGGGAUAACCAUGGUGCUAGGGGCAGUGGGCUAGCCACAUUCUCACAGCUGCUUCACCACUACCCAUGUCACCCUUCAGCAGGAACAAGAUGUGACCACGGGCCAUUGUAAUGACAGCUUUCUUGGAUGAACGGUUAGGUAAUCUUCACUCUAUCAAAUAAAUUAUCUAAAUUAUAUUGUAAGGAGAAAUUAUCCAUUACAACCACAUGUAAUCUUAGUGGUGGCAUCUGAUCAGAAAAAUUUGAAUGAAUGCAAAUUUCUUCCAUAAAGUUUACACUGUAGCACUAAAGUUCAACCACUCUUAUCUGAGUUUAAUCCAUUUUGGUAGAAACUUAAAUUUUCUGGCGGUAAUGACAUAGGAGACUCAAAUAUCAUAAUUGGUUAGGAUAUGCAAUGGAGAGACAGGUACCGUUCGUGAUCAGGUUUAAUAUGCACAUGUCAGGUGGUGGUAAGCAUUGCGUUCCAGAUAAAGUGUGUACAACCCCCAGAAUCUGUACACAGUUUGAAUUGUCUUUUGUGGUGCAAGAACCCAUGGCCUGUAUGAUGAAUGAGAGUUAUUUCAUGCUUGUGAUAUGGUUACCUUAUAUUUUUUGUUUGGAUUUCUUUAGAUAUGAAAUUAGAAAUGUCACACAUUGAUCUCCUUCAUUAAUAUUUUUUAAUUUUAUCUGUACUUGCAAGUUAUAUAUUUCAGUAUGAUACUGCAUUAUCAUCAUAACUACUGAUACAAUGUUUAAAGAAUACCAGUAUUUGGCAAGAAAUAUGUCUUUACCCCUAGUUAGUUUUGUUGAAUUGUUUCAACCCAUGUAUAUUUUAUCCGUAAAAAUUUAAACAUUUUGCAACAAUGGCUCGUUUAUUCUUAAUUUUGUUCUCAACAAUAACUCAGUCUGGUUACAAUAAAACUAAUGUCCUCAAACACUAACAUCAUAUACUGUUUCACUUUCUCAGACUAAUAUUUGUUAUUAGUCCAUAUCUUUAAUACAGUAUAUAUUUGUGAGUUUGUAAAGUCAACAAGUCUAGAAUGACGAGUGAAUAUAGAUUGACACGUUAAGACAGUAAUCUUGAGUCACUUGUGGUCUUUUAAAACGUUGAAAUGUUCACACUGACAGGUGUUGUAUAGCAUUUUACAGCCCCCAAGGUACUUGCGUAGACAGUAUUAGUAACUCUUAAUACAGUAUCUCUCCAGUACUACCAAGUGAACAUCAAACCUAAUGUAUGCACUGACAUUGCACUAUUUAGAAUUUUUUAUUAGCUCAAUAUUUAUGACAUUCUGAAUUUUUAUCCAUUUUAUUGAAUAUUUAAAAUUUUUAAUAUAAAACAAAUAUUACACAAAUAUUUUUGUCAUUAAUACAUUGUAGUGGCACUGUUUGAAGAUAGGUUGUUAUAUAUUAUUUUAUUUAUUUCUAUUUUUAGCAGGAUAAUUACAUUGAUGUUCCUGACAUUAAUUACAGGCUAAGAAAGAAAGAGAAUGAUGUGUACAUAGUUUACUGAUAGAGGUUCAUAUGUAAAUUUUACAUAAAUUCAUCAUUGUAAAAAGCAUAUAGGAGUAAAGUGCUUAGUUUCCUUUUUAGAUUCAUUUAUUAUAAUGUAAUUGGAUGAUUUUUCUCAGAGGUAAGAUACUGAGAAACUUAUGGAAGAACAUCUUCAUCAGCUAACAAAUUGUUAAAAGAUAAUGAAUGAUAACUAGCUGCCUUCAAAAGGGACUCAAGCUGCAUGGUGAAUUUCUAUGAAGAUUAUAUCUAAUAUGAUUACAAUGUAGAACUAUGUUUCAACACUCCUGUCUUACUGUGAGAACUUAUCUUGUGAUGCCGAUAAAUCUCUCCUCCAAAGACACAGGUGUUACUUGUAGGGUUAUUUAGACAUCUUCAGAAUGAUCACUUGAAGAAAUUAUUUAGAAAUGCUAACAAUAAUAUACACUAUAAAUACCAAAUGAGCUGUGAAUAUAUUAAAACUACUGAUUGACUGGCACACAAACUCUUCAUUGUGUUUUUAUUAAUGAAAUCUGUCAAAUGCACAUUAGAAAUAUGGUACGUUUUAUUUUUUUCGUCAUUUCAUGGUUCGUGUGCAAGAAGUGCAUCAACAUAUUGUAUGUUACUGUUAUGCAGAAAUAAUAACUGCCAAUAUAUCAAAACAUCUCCUACUACUGAAGGAGGUUAUGUAAAAUGUAAUCUACAUAAAAAUAUCUCUUUAUCACAUAUGAUUACAGAUAGGAAUGAGUCUGCACACCUUAUACUUGUGGCUUCAUUGUAUAUUGCCAAAAAAAAUCUAGAUAUCAAACAACCAAGUACAUAUGGACGUUCCAGUCAAGCUAUGUGUUCUCAAUCUCAGCCCUAUAACUUUGAAGGUGCCCAAGGUAUAGCACUUUAUGAUCUGCUACACCUGGAACAUCCUUAUGCACGGUGAUACAUCCUGUUAGAAGCUUCUCCAUAGUAAUCUACUGAAUUUUCUCUGGCCUGUCUGCUUGUGAGUCGCAGGUGGAGGAAAAUAAAAACAUUGAUCUUAAUGGGGGCAAUGGAGGUAUCUCUCCAUUUCAUUGUAAAACAAAACUAUUAUUGCUUAGGGGGGUGUGCAUGAAAUAAUGAAACCAUAUGGUAAUGCUUUUGUCAUCACUUAAGACUGUCAGGGGACUAAUGCUUAGAAGUGUAUGAUACUAAACAGGGAAUUAACACUGUGGCAUGUGAUGUUGGGGGGAGGAGGGCUACAAGUUGACAGGUCAAAAUGAGUCAUACCACCUGCAUAUGGCAUUUUGUCGAUCAUUCAUUAAGGUAGAGGUAAUUACAUGUAUUUGUACCAAAAUCAUUGUGAAAUAUAUAAAUAAUUGCAUAAAUAAAGUGUUUGUUUUCCAGA